UCUCCCUCGCCGGUGCGCCCCUCUCUCUCUCUCUCUCUCUCCCUCUCUCUCUCUUCCUUUGAUUUUGUUAUUUUCAGAUCUUCCAUGAGAAAGUCUAUUUUUUUUUUUUUUUUACUUAAUCCAAAAAAUUUUGUUAGUUUCAGUUGUUUGUUUGUCUUCAGUUUAUUUCAUAUAUUUCCUUUUUUUUCCCCUGAAUUUUGUUGGGUACUGAGAAAAUGUAAAUGUUUGCUAGUUUUGAGUUUUGUUUGGUUCUGUAGAAUGCAUGAUGCUUGAAUGAUAAACUGUCCCAAAGAUUAUUUGUUGAAUGAUGCAUGCAUCUGUUUGAUGAAAAGCCAAGCAAAUUACUUUUGAUAAAAAAAGAAAAAAAAAGAUCAUGUCAUUUUUAUGAAUCUGAAAAAGGGUUUUCACCAAAACAGGUUUCUACUACCAUGCUUAAAGUAGCAUUCUUAAUAUACAAUUCUGACCAGUAGGGCUUGUGAUUAAAGAGUAGGAUAAAGGAUAAGAAACUCUUGAAUUGAUGCAGUGUUGCUGAUGUAGUGUGACUAUAAGUCUAACCACAUCCUUGGUCCUUGGAAAAAAUGAAGGAAAAUGUGAGGGAGGAAAGAAAAUAGGAGAGAAAAUGUAGAGGAAUAUGAAAAAUAGAUUUAAGGUUAACUAAUUAUUUUUAUAUGCUUCUUUUAAUUAUUAAAAAUGAAUAAGUUUCUAAUUAAUUUUAAUUAUAUCUGGUUUUCUUUGUAUUUUUCAUGGUAAACUAAACAUGAGAAAGUCGUUUUCUUCAGCAUUUUUUCCCCUUUUCUUAGUACUUUCCUGGAAUCAUUUGCCUCUCUUUUGUGAAGUGUGAGCCUAUCUAAUUCAUCUUAUCGAUCAUCUCUUUGUCUAUUAUGUGAUUGUAGUGUUCAGUGCACAAACUGACAAGGUGGCAGAGAACCGAGUUCUGCUUUGAAUUGUUGUUAAGAUACUCCUAAUAUGAACAUUUUCAAGCAGCUAGCUUCCACCAGAUGUGGGUUUAAUGGUGGAAUGAAGUCUUGUAGAGCAACAUGUGUCUCUCUCCUCCAUUCAUCCUCAGGUACAUCGGUGGAAGUACAUUCCCAAGACCAGGAAGUAGUAAUUGCUCUAGGAAGCAAUGUGGGCAAUAGAGUUGACAAUUUCAAUGAGGCCUUGCAGCUAAUGAAGAAGUCAGGCAUGCACAUAACUAGACAUGGAUGUUUGUAUGAGACAGAGCCUGUCUAUGUGACUGAUCAACCUCUCUUUCUCAACUCUGCUGUUAGAGGUAUUACAAAACUUGGUCCCCAUGAACUACUCAGAGUUCUGAAGAAAAUUGAAAAGGAUAUGGGUCGGACUGAUGGAAUAAGGUAUGGUCCGAGACCAAUUGACCUGGAUAUUUUGUUCUAUGGGAAGUUCAGGGUUAACUCUGAGAUUCUUACCAUCCCCCAUGAAAGAAUUUGGGAGAGACCUUUUGUGAUGGCCCCAUUGAUGGAUGUAAUGGGAUCAGCUAUGGAGAGUGAUACGGUUGCAUCCUGGCAUUCUUUUUCAAAACUUAGUGGGGGACUAUUUGAGUCAUGGGAGAAACUUGGUGGCGAAUCCCUCAUUGGAAAGAACGGGUUGAAAAGGGUUUUACCCACUGGAAAUGUUUUAUGGGACUGGUCACUGAAAACCUCUAUGAUGGGUAUCCUUAAUCUGACCCCAGAUAGUUUUAGUGAUGGAGGGAAGUUCCAGUCUGUGGAGGCUGCAGUUUCUCAGGUCCGCUUGAUGAUCUUAGAAGGGGCAGAUAUUAUUGAUAUUGGUGCACAGUCCACACGCCCAAUGGCAUCUAGGCUUUCAGCUCAAGAGGAAUUAGAUAGGUUAAUCCCUGUCUUGGAUGCUGUUCUAAAGAUGCCUGAGGUAGAGGGGAAGCUGUUAUCUGUGGAUACUUUUCAUUCUGAAGUUGCUUCAGAAGCAAUUGGCAAGGGAGCUCAUAUUGUAAAUGAUGUAUCUGCAGGACAGCUAGAUCCUAACAUGCUUGAUGUUGUUGCCAGCCUUAAGGUUCCAUAUGUUGCUAUGCACAUGAGGGGGAACCCAUCUACCAUGCAGAAUAGCGAGAACCUGCAAUACGAUAAUGUUUGCGAGCAGGUUGCCUCUGAGUUAUACUUGCGAGUUAGAGAUGCUGAAUUAUCUGGUAUUCCAGCCUGGAGGAUAAUUAUUGACCCUGGAAUUGGAUUCUCAAAGAACACUGAACAUAAUUUGGACAUUCUCAUGGGGUUGCCAAACAUACGAAUGGAGCUUGCAGGGAAGAGUUUGGCUCUCUCUCAUGCUCCUAUGUUGAUUGGACCCUCGAGGAAGAGAUUUUUAGGUGAUAUUUGUGCUCGCCCUGCUGCAGCUGAGAGAGACCCUGCAACCAUUGCUGCUGUGACUGCUGGGGUUUUGGGCGGUGCAAACAUUGUUAGGGCACAUAAUGUCAAAGAUAAUUUAGAUGCUGUGAAGCUCUGUGAUGCAAUGGUGAAGCGUGAGAGAUCUCAGGCAUGAUUUAACAUAGGAUUUUGCAUUUAAUUCUCCUUACCUUGGUCAGAGGCUACUACAAUGCAAAAACAAACAAGUAUGAGCAAAGCAGGGAGAACCGAGGUUAUUUCAUAGACCUCCAGCCAGUGAUCGAUGGAAGAGCUUUGCGGUGGCCAUUUUUCUUUCUGUAAACAUGCUGUUGUAAACUCUCAAAAAAAGGUGCACAUGUUUUCCUAAACUUUUAUUCUUUCCCCUUCCUGUCUUUGCAAAACUGGUUAAAAAUUUUUGUUGAGGAAUUGAACUCUAAUCGAUCCUUGAUAUGUUUAUGCUUCUGUUGUUGCAAUUCCUGUAUAGCUUCUGUUGACAAGUGUGAGAUGGCAUGCAGACAGGAAGUUCAGAGAGGAGCAGAUGAAUUUGCUACAGUUGAUAAAAACUAGAAGGGGGGCCCGUUUCAGUUCCUUAUAAGACAAGAAUUGCCGGGAACCGCAACUGAAACCCUGGCCCCGUUGAUUCUUGUUAGCAGCUAUAUCCGAGCACAGUUGUAAUUCUCUACUGAUAGUCUCAGAUGAAAUGCAUUAUUAGUAAUAUGGUCUUGUUCAAGAUUAUUUCUAUACUAGUUUUAAGAUUAUUAGCAAA